GGACCAUAAUUAUCACCUUUGUCACAACUAAUUCGCACCGGGGGAAAAAAGAAUUUACUCGAAGAAAGGGAGUUCUGUUGGGAAAAGCCAUUGAAGCAAAGAGAUGGAGCAGGAAGAAGCCAUGAAAGACGACGAAGAAGGAGGCAGUCCCUGUAUCCCGAACCUGAACCCGAACCCAUGCCCGAUCUGUCUCGGACUCCUUUCUCAAGACUCCUAUCUAGAUCAAUGCUUCCAUACAUUUUGCUACAAAUGCAUUGUUCGUUGGACUCAAGUGGUUUCAAGCAGGUCGUCUUCUUUGCGCCAAUCAUCCUCCGUCAAGUGUCCUUUAUGCAAGACUGAAAACUUUUCUAUCAUUUAUGGGUAUGAUGGAAUUACAUUUCAACAGCAUUUCAUCAACCAAAAUAAUGGUAAUAGUACUUUCUUUUCAAAGGAUCACAAGUAUAGAUUACAAUGUUACUACACCGAACCAGAAUCAGGUCUUUUAAGUGAUGCAUUUAAAGUUGAGCGCUAUUGGAAGUUGCACAAGUAUCUUCAACCGAACAGCUGGCUUGAAAAGUGGUUGAAAAGGGAGUUACAAGCUCUGUUACAGGAAGAAGAUGUUGAAAUCAUUAUGCAUCACAUACUUGGGGUGAUUCACUCAUUUUCAAGAAGCUAUCACCUCAAAGGAAAAACACAUCCCCUGCAUCGAACACAGGAAGAAUUUAAGGUUUUGGUUGCUGAUGCUGCAAUGCCUUUCCUUACGGCUAGAACCAAGCGGUUUGUGGACGAGGUUGAAUUAUUUCUCGCCUCAGGUUUAACUGUCGAGGCCUUUGAUAAAGCUUAUAGAAGGUGUUUAGGUUGGAAGAAAUCUGAGGAAACCUCAGAGGAUAAUGAACGAACUAGCACGGAGUGUGAGCCAAUAGCUCCUUGCCUAUAUUUUAUUGAUGAUGACUCAGAUGAGGUUGACUGGACAGAAGAUAAACUUGCAUAGCACUUGGCAGUUCACGUGACGUGGGAAGUUGGAAAUACAUAUCAUCUCCUUGUACAAUCAAUUUUAUCCUUUGUUUUUUUUAAGCUUUUGUGUAGGGUUAGUAUGAUUGUACAAUGAUGACCUUUGUGAUGAAAGACUGAAAAUUGUUACCCUUUUGCUUCUAAACUCUGUAAUUUGUAUAUUUGAUGCAUUUGUUCAGUGUAGAAA